AUGGCUACCAUAAACGAGACUCCGCGCCCGCCUGCGCACAACCUUCCUGCUGGGCUCAAGGAUAUUGUGAACGAUGAGAACCGUGACUCGGCAUACUUUUCGAGUGAUGCGUCAAGCAAGCACACAUCCGCAGCAUCGUUUGCCAUGAAUAUGCUCAGCCCACGCGGCUCAGGUUAUCAAUCCUCUCCCACGGAUAAGACGCCCUCACCUACGUCCACCGUCCUUCUUCCGCAGCCCCUCGUUUCGCCUUCGGCGAGCAGCAUGAGUCUCGCAGCCGUCGUUUCCCCUCCGACUAACGCUAGUGCGGCGAGGCCGGGCGAACCCCGGCGUUUCGACCUCCCCUACGUUGAUAAUGACCCAGCUUCGCGCCGAGAGAGUGUCGACAGCAGGAUCAACCAAGGAUUGAACGACAUGCGAAUCGGAAACCCUGGGUUCGCCCAUAACCCCUCGAGCACGUCCAUCCAAUCUACUUUGAGCACCCAACGGAAUCCGCGCCCGGGGCUCGAUAGCCUGUCCGUGCAUAGGAUCUCUAAUGGUUACCAGCCAAGCACCGAGCGCAACCCGGAGGCGCUUCCCAAAGUCGCUAGGACAGCACCUGCCAUCACAGGCCCUGCCACCAGCACGAUUGCGAGGGCCGCAGAGCCAACGAAGGGCCAGGCUUGGGCGUUUCCUGAGGAUGACAUGCCCCGGUCAGGCUCCGAGCAGCACCCCGAAGAUGGAAGGUUACACGCUGGCUCGCAACCCUAUAGUAGAACGCCUGAGUCUAGGCAAAGCCACAAACUAGCUGAACGGAAGCGACGCACCGAGAUGAAGGAGCUCUUUGACCAGCUUCGUGAUUUAAUGCCACAAGAGCGAGGCUCAAAGGCGUCUAAAUGGGAGAUACUCACGAAAGCCAUCUCUGAGCAUCAGCGCCAGCACGACCACAUUCGCUCGCUUCAAGCUCACUACAAUUCGGGCGCCCAGGAGGUUGAAAUGCUGAGGAAGGAAGUCCAGACGCUCCGCUCUGAAAACAAUCAUCUACGGGCCCAGGUCAACAGCACCGGAACCCCGCCAUACGCAGGCUCGGCCCCGGGCCCCCUGGUCCAGUCGGCGCCCAACCUCCGCCACCAGGACCGUACGGGGCCCAGAUCCUUUCUCUAA